CUUGGUCCAGAGGUGAGCCAGGCUGACAUAGCACGCUCACAACCUGCCCUCCAGAUCUGACCUGCACCUCAGAACGAAGACGUUGGACCUCCUCGCAGCCCUCAGCAUCCUGAUCAGACCCGGCCGUGUUCCGCCAUGGCUGCGUUCCAAGCUGAUGGAGACGCUGACACGGGUGCCGCUCCGCCCGAAUGGUGUCCGCGCAACUCUGGAGUUUGUCUUCUCCGUGCAUCCCUCGAGCACGGUGAAAGUGUCCGAGGCCGCCACGCCGCAGACGAGAGGAGCGAACAUCACCCAGGAAGCACUCAAUCUCGCCAGUAACUUGCUGUCCACCCAACCGGCAUCGGUCACCCCUGAGACAUGGUACUCGACCAUCUCGCCGCAACUGCUGCUAUUGCUAGAUGGAGGAGAAGGGCCCGAGGUGGCCAAGGUUGCUGCUUAUGUCAUUGGACGCAUCUUGGGCCGGAAAUCGUCGGGAGCUCCUGACACCGCCGGCUGGAAGUACCUCGCGGAGCCAAUGCUCAACCUAAUCAAGCCACCUGAGCUUCCGAGUGAUGUGGGAACCGAGCCGAACGGGAUCAUCGACCUCAGCAAGCGGAGGGUAAUUGUUCAGCCCGAAGACUUAGCCACUGCGCUCCGACGAUUGCACUCGCUGGCCGAGGCCCAUCCUAAUCCAGAUCUGUGCAGGCGGCUGCUCUCUCGACUGAUCACCCAGCUAUGGUCCCUCGCAUCGUGGCACGACCCGCCUCCGUCCAUGGCGGAGAGUGUACUCGCGCCUGCGCGAGAGCUGUUCAAGAUCUUCCUAAAACUGACACCAACCGCUCAUUUCGUUCUGUUUGUCAUCGCGAAUCUGGACUACGUUGGCGGCUUUACCAAGCGCAAUCCUGAAUGGAGGUACGAGACGACGCCAGACGGCCAAGUCCAGAUCGUGGACUCGAGGCAGCUGUUUAGGGACGCAGAUGAAUCUGCAGUGUUACCACGCCUCGAUCACAAAGCGCGUGUCCUUUUGGACGUUAUGACAACGGCGCUUUCAGACGCCGAAAUCUCCACUGCCUUUCUUGAACUCCUCAAAAGAUGGCUAAGAUCCACCCAUGAUCUUAAGGGAGGCGAGACCGUGAUUAAACAGGCGGAGGAGGAGCAGGAUCCUGUCACCAACCUUGCCGAGCUCCGGACGCUCCUAGCCAUGAUGGAGAGAUUCCCGGAAAAGCUUGCAACGCAGCCGAAAGCCAUCCUUGACCUCGUCAGUCAGAUCUUGGCUGGUUCAGCGGACAACGCCGACGAGGACGACGAAGUGUCGGGCGUAGCACUCAGCCUCUUGAACAUGAUCAUCACGGCCCCCGGCUUCCAAAAGUCGCGGGUUGAGCCGGCCGUGCUCAGCCUCAUCGAGUCAUCCCUCGACAAGCUCUCCCGAGGCGCCACAAACCUCUCCCAAACCGCAAGCAAUCUCCGGCUGCUUCUCCUCUACCGCGAUGAAUUAGACGAUCCCGCCUCCGCCCCCAACGCCACAGCCGCGCCCACCAACCGGCAAGUCGAAGACCGCAAGACCUACAACCUCGCCGUCUCGUACAUCCUCGACCCGGACUCGCCUGCCCCGGUCCGCUCCGAAGGCCUGCACCUCCUCGGCACGCUCAUCACGUCGCGCUCGCCCGUGCUCGACAUCCCGGGCAUCCUGGCCCUCCUCGCCACCGUCAUCCCCAACGCGGACGAGUACGUCUACCUGCACGCAAUCCGGCUCUACGCGCUGCUCUGCCCCGCGCACCCGCGCGCCGUGCUGCGCGAGCUGGCGGACCGCUUCGCCGACGCGCGCGAGGCCCACCCGCUCGACGCGCGCCUGCGCUUCGGCGAGGCCCUGCUGCAGGUCGUGCAGCGCCUCGGCGGCGAGGCGGACGGCCUGAGUGGUGGUCGUGGUGGUGGCCUUCUUGGCGGCGUGGACGGGGCGCUGCGCGAGGUGGCCAACGCGCUGGUGGCGGUCGCGGGCCGGCGGGGCAGGCGGCCCAAGACGGAGGCGCGCAGGCGGAGGGAGGCCGAGGCGAAGCGGCGCAAGGACCGCGAGGCUGCCGAGGCCUGGGGCGGCGAGGUGCCGGACCUCGGGCUUGACGAGGAGACCGGGGAUGAGGAUGAGGGCGAGCGGGCGCGGAAUGAGGCGCUGGAGAGGAUUGUUGCCGGGUGGGAGGGCACGCGCGGGAGCGAGGACGUGCGGGUGCGGGCGUCGGCGCUGUCGGUGUUGGGCGCCGUCGUGGAGGCGGGCGUGGCCGCGCUCGGGCGCGAGCUGGUGGUGGCGGCGGUGGACCUGUGCGUGGCCGUGCUGCAGAUGGAGAGGGAGCCGGAGAAGGGGAUCCUCCGGCGGGCGGCGGUCCUGUUCGUGCUGAGCUUCGUGCGAGCGCUGGAGAAGGCGAGGCAGCGCGGGACGGACCCCGGGGUCGGUUUCGGCGGGCAGGCGCAGGAGGACGUGUUGCGGACGCUGAGGUACGUGGCCGAGACGGACAACGACGGGCUGGUGGUGCAGCACUCUCGCGACGUGGUGGAGAGCUUGGAGAAUUGGCAGAUUGUCCGGCUGCUGCCGCCCGAGAGGAGUCAGCAGCAAGAUGUGCUUGGUGGCGGGUUGACGAAGUUGGCUGGGCUGGAGGUGGAUCCUGACAGCGCGGCGGCGGUGCAGAGUGGCUCCAAGCCGCGGCCCAUGAUCGAGGAGGUUGAGUAGGCUUGAGCGAACUGACGGGGUGGCCAAUGUCGGACUUUCUGGUGCCGGUGUCUCGUCGUUCAGCUUGAGCGUGCCAUCUGAGUAUCAAUUGAGGGCUAAAUAC